AUGGAGUUUGAAUUAGAAGAUAUUACCAUUGAACAAUCAAGCUUUACCAAUAAUAACAGCAACAACAACAAUAACAACAAUAACAAUAGCAACAGCAACAAUAACAAUAACAAUAACAAUAAUAAUAUUAAUAACAAUAACAAUCACAAUAAUAAUAAUAAAAAUAAUAGUAAUAAUAAAAAUGAAAUUAAUAAUCAAUUAGAUAUACCAAUUAGUAACUUAGUAGUUGAUAAAGAGAACAUAUCAAAGAAAUACUUUUGUACAAUAUGUUCUGAUUUAUUGGUUAAUAGUUUUCAUGCAGAUAAAUUCAAAGCAGUUCAAUGUAAAAAUGGUCAUUAUACAACUUGUCUAAACUGUUGGGAAAAACAUUUAGAAAAGAAAAAAAAUUGCAUUCAAUGUGGUGUUGAUGUUGAAUCAAUUGAAAGUUUAUCAAGUAAUUUAUUAGUAACUCAAAAAUUUACAACUUUUAAAAUUCAUUGUCCAAAUAGUUUUUUUGAUACAAUUGAUUUUAUAAAAGAUGAAGUUAAUGGAUGUAAAGAGAUAAUUCAAAUCAAUGAAUUGGAGGAACACUUAAAGGAAUGUCAAUAUGGAUUUAUAAGUUGUAAGAAUUGUGAAGAAUUUAGUAAAUUACCAUUCCAAGAGUUUACACAAUGUCCUGAUUUUAGGAAGAAUACAAAGGAACAACACGAUUUAAUAUGUCCAUACGUAAAGAUAUCUUGUGAGUAUUGUGGUGACAUUAUAAAUAAGAUCAAUAAGGAAUCACAUAAUGCCAAUUGGUGUCAAGAGAUUACGAUAAAAUGUUUAGAUUGUCAUUUACCAUUUAAAAAGAAAGAGAUUAACCAACAUCAGAAAUCGUUUUGUCCAGAAACAAUCAUUCAAUGUAGAUAUAGUAAAGGUGGUUGUAAUGCAAUGAUUAGGAGAUCAAAAUUAUCUCAACAUUUAACAGAGGGUGAUAAUCAUCAUCAAUUCAUUUCAAAUAUUUUAAAUCAACAAGAUUUAAAAAUUAAUGAAUUAGAAUUAAAAAAUACUGAAUUCUGUUUACUUUUAAAUGGUCAAAAUAAAAAAAUUACCGAACUUGAAAUUUUAUUUAAAGAAUUAAAUGAUUCAAUUUUAAUUCAAAAACAACAACAAAAACAACAACAACAACAACAACAACAACAACAACAACAACAACAACAACAACAACAACAACAACAAUCUCAACAACAACAAUCUCAACAACAACAACAAUCUCAACAACAACAACAAUCCCAACAAUCUCAACAAAAUAAUAAUAGUAAUAGUCAUUUUAUUAAUAAUAAUAAUAAUAAUAUUAAUAAUGUUCAAAUGAGUGAUAGUCCAAAUGGUGGAUCAUUACCACAAGCAGUUUAUAAAAAUAAAUGGGUAAUUUCAAAUUACUCUGAACAAGAACAACAGGGUAUAUCAAAGGAUUAUAUCAAAUCACCAUUAUUUAAGAUUGGUAAUUCAACAUUCUUUUUAAAAUGGUUCCCUUUUGGUAAAAAGAAGUUAAAUUAUUGUUCAAUCUUUUUAUACAAAACUCAAGAUGAUAAAUCUAUCAUUGUAAAUUAUUAUAUUCAUUUAGUAAAUAAUCAAAUUUCUGAUGAAGUUUAUGAAAAGAGAGGUUGUCAAAAAUAUGAUUCUGAAAAUGGUUCAGCUGGUUAUGGUUCCUCUCAAUUCAUUAAAAGAGCUGACCUUUUAAAUGAUGCAAAUGGAUUUUUGAUAAAUGAUUCAAUAACUAUUGAAAUUGAAAUAUUUGCAACUGAAGAAAUUUUACCUUUGCAAAGUUAA